AUGUCGAACCAGCAGUUCUAUCUCUUGGGCGAGGCGACCACGUCCGCCAAGCACAUCACAAUUGAUGCCUCGGCGAACCUGGAUCAACUGAAGCACACGGUGGCUGCUCAUUUUGCCAUUGUGGAACCAGCUGAGAUCGGCUUUCAAACCGACAUGGAGUGCCUCGUCGAUGUCAGCGAUGUCCUCGCGGCUACCGGACCCGUAGCCAUCACGAUCAACGGCCACGCAGUACGAGAACCCGAUGGUCCAAAGGGCCUUCCGUACGUGGGCAAUUAUUUUGAGGUUUAUCCAGAUCAUCUGGGUAAUCACCAGCGGCUCUAUAGCCAGUAUGGCCGGAUCUUCAAGACCACCAACCUGGGCCGUACCACAUACCAUACCAACGAUCCGCAAAUCGCCGCCAUCGUCUUCGCCGAGUCGGACUUCUUUUCUAAGAAGAUCAACGAAGCCCAUCCACUUCAUGCCUUAAAAACCCCCUCUGCGGGUGUCUUCCUGGGUGAUACCGACACCCCGGAAUGGCGGGUGGCCCAUAAAUUCUUGCCCCCAGCCCUUGGUCCCAAGGCCGUGCGGCAUUAUGCUCCGACGAUGCAGCGAACCGUGGAGGACGCGUUCAAGGUGUUUGACGCGCUGGAUGAACAAGGCUCCGCCUUCAAUGUGUACCAGUACAUGUUGAAGCUUGGAUCCCAGGCGGUGGGCAAACUCACGCUGGGCCUGGAUAUGGAGCAUUUUACCUCCCCCGAUGCUCCUGUGCACGACAUGGUUCACUCCAUUGCGGAAAUGCUGUCUCUAAACAAGAAGGUCACCUCUCGUGGAGACUGGUACGGCAAGCUUCCAUUCGGGGACCCCCAGCGGUUGAGAAACCUGAAAGCGAAAUUGGAGGCAAUGGUGGAGCAGUCUAUCAAGGAUGCAGAGCGCGGCGGUGUCACAGACUUGCCUUUACAGGAGGCGGCAUUGCAAGCCUCUAACAUGGUCGACUAUGCCAUCCGUGCGACCGACAACAAGGGGGAAAAGCUGCCGAAAUCGAGUCUGGUUUGGGCGCUGAUUGUGGCCACAGCGGCCGGAUUCACGACCACGAGCUCCCUGCUGUCGUGGUUGAUAUAUGGUCUCGUAACGUAUCCCGGGAUGCAGGAACGACUGCUGCAGGAGCUGAUCGACAACGGUAUCACGGAAGACACCGAGCUUACAGCCGAGAUUACGGAUCGCUUGGUCUUCCAAGACAAAUACAUCAAAGAGACGAUGCGCCUCACCAAUCCGUCAUUCCAGCCCGGCCGGACCGCCCAAGUCGAUUUGAUCCUGCCGGGGGGCUAUAAGAUCCCCAAAGAUGCGGUCAUUGUGCCGGGUCUGCACCAUAUUCACAACAACCCCGACCUCUGGGACAAUCCCAGCCGGUUCGAUCCUGACCGGUGGGAUACCCCCCAGGUGAAGGAAAGACACAAGGCGGCAUACAUUCCUUUUGCCAUGGGUCCCCGCAUGUGCAUUGGUUUCAACUUUGCGCUUCAGGAGGUGAAGAUUUUCCUCCCAAAGCUGAUCUACCGCUAUCAUUUCAGUCGGGAGAAUGAUCUCGUGCCCGUGGAGUAUGAUCCAAUGUUCCAACUGAUCCGACCGAAUAAUCUGUACGUGCGGGCGGAGCGAAGAGUGAAGUGGCCGCCCCAGACCAGCAACUAG